AUGGCGCCUCCACACACCUGGACCGCCACCCUAACCCUCGCCCUCCUCACCACCUCCACAACCGCCCAACGCCAACUGAACUCCACCUCCUUCUCAACCUGCAUCUCCAACAGCUCGCUAACAGCCGACUCCUUCUCCGCCACAAUCUACCCGGACACCGACUCCUUCGAAUACGACUGGAUCGGCGCGAACUCCUUCGUUGGCAAUGACACCAUUUCCGUCAUCAUCACCGUGGCCUCCAAAGUCGUCUACAACGACACCCUCGACCCUUGCUUAUCGAAUGCGUGGGCGUAUUUCUGCCCAGCGAGUAAAGGCGAGGUCGCGAUUAUGACGAAUACGAUUACUCCGAAUGGGACUUUUGAAGACAUUCCCGAAAGUGUGUUCACUCAGCCGGGGUUAGAGGCGUCGUUUGAGGUGCAGAUGACCAACAGCGACACGGGUGCUGUCGUCGGCUGCUUACGGGCGAAUCUCACCAAUGGUGUUGAGGGAAAUGGUGCGAGUGACGAGAACGCCGGGUCAAGUAAUGCUACCACAACAGAGGGCACGAACGGCAGUGGCAGCUCGAAUGAGUCCAGCACCUCUGGAAGCGGCUCUGGCGGUGGUUCGGGAGCUAGCACCGCAUAUUUGAACUGGACGUUACUUUUAAAAUGUAAAGGUCUGGCGAACGAUCGACCAUCGUCUCCAUCUCCAUCUCCAUCUCCGUCUUCUCUCCUCCAUCUCCGUCGUGCGCGCCGGCACAUUGCUGUCUUCCUCGCUAUGAUCAAGACGCCUCUGCAAAUGCUGGGUCGCCGCGUGACUGAAGACACGUCGGAGCGAUCGACUCGUGUUCAAUAA